CAGUGUAAACGUCCAGGCCAUGCUGUCAUUACUGGCGAUGUACUCUUAAAUUUCCUUAUCAGCGUUCACAGAUACUCGGAGCACAUGAACACACUACGGUCGUCGAUUAUAAGGAACCUGGGAUAGAAGAGGAUAAAUCGUGUUACUGGAAAUAUCGUGAGCCAAGAAACUUCAAGCAGCCGACCGGCCCGCCAGAGAGAGACCCAGAGAGAGCAGCCAUGGCGCCAGCCGUCGGAGGACCCGUGGGCUACACACCGCCCGAGGGCGGCUGGGGCUGGGCGGUGGUGGUGGGGGCCUUCAUCUCCAUCGGCUUCUCCUACGCCUUCCCCAAGUCCAUCACCGUCUUCUUCAAGGAGAUCGAGGUCAUCUUCAACGCCACCAGCAGCCAGGUGUCCUGGAUCUCGUCCAUCAUGCUGGCGGUCAUGUACGGCGGGGGACCAAUCAGCAGCAUCCUGGUGAACAAGUACGGCAGCCGUCCAAUCAUGAUGAUCGGGGGGUGCCUGUCGGGCUGUGGACUGGUGGCGGCCUCCUUCUGCAACACGGUGGAGGGGCUGUACUUCUGUGUGGGAGUGAUCGGAGGUCUGGGCCUGGCCUUCAACCUGAACCCCGCCCUGACCAUGAUCGGGAAGUACUUCUACAAGAGGCGCCCCAUCGCCAACGGCAUCGCCAUGGCGGGCAGCCCCGUCUUCCUGUCCACGCUGGCGCCGCUCAACAGCUGGUUCUUCGACCAGUUCGGCUGGCGGGGCAGCUUCCUCAUCCUGGGGGGCCUGCUGCUCAACUGCUGCGUGGCGGGGUCCCUGAUGCGCCCCAUCGGGCCCAAGCCCCAGCCGCCCGCCCCCGUGGAGGCGGCCAAGGGGCGGGCGGCGCCCGAGCCCCGGCGCACCCUCAUGCAGCGGAUCAACGCCAUCAUCGACCUCACCCUCUUCACGCACCGCGGCUUCCUGCUCUACCUGCUGGGCAACGUCAUCAUGUUCUUCGGCCUCUUCACGCCGCUGGUCUUCCUCAGCAACUACGCCAAGAGCAAGGACAUCUCCAAGGAGAAGGCGGCCUUCCUGCUGUCGGUGCUGGCCUUCGUGGACAUGGUGGCGCGGCCCUCCAUGGGCCUGGUGGCCAACACGCGGCUGGUGCGCCCCCGGAUCCAGUACUUCUUCGCCGCGUCGGUGCUCUACAACGGCGUGUGCCACGUGCUGGCGCCGCUGUCGGUGGACUACACGGGCUUCGUGGUCUACGCCAUCUUCUUCGGCUUCGCCUUCGGCUGGCUCAGCUCGGUGCUGUUCGAGACGCUCAUGGACCUGGUGGGCGCGCAGAGGUUCUCCAGCGCCGUGGGCCUGGUCACCAUCGUGGAGUGCGGCCCGGUGCUGCUGGGCCCCCCCAUGCUGGGCCGGCUGAACGACAUCUACCACGACUACAAGUACACGUACCAGGCCUGCGGGAUCAUCCUGCUGGUGGCCAGCGUCUUCCUGUUCGUGGGCAUGGGCAUCAACUACCGCCUGCUUGAGAAGGAGAGGAAGGCCGAGGAGAGGAAGGCCAAGGCGGAGCCCAGGGACCCGGACGCGGCGGUGCCUCUGACCUCCGCCGGCGCGUCCAAAAUGGCGGAAGACACGGUGUAGCGGGCCCUCCCCCCCCCCCGCGGGCCGCGGAGGGAAGGGGGCGGGCGUUCCUCUCCCGUCCCCGCCCCUCUCGUCCACACCGAGCGCGUGUACUGUACUAGAUAUUACCAGGAAAU